GCAGGGAGAAAGGAGAAAAGUCACCCCCUGGGCACCUCCUCACCCUGUCCGAGUGGCCAUCCCUGAAUUAUUUCGUGGCCACUUCAGAGCUGCAGUUGCCACCUCAGAACCCCCCAAAAAAUCAGAGGAGCAUCGUGAGAAACUCAUCAUGGGCAACUGUAUCCCCGUGACCCCCGGCAUCCUGGAGACCCCCGGCACGCUGGACCUGGAGGAAAUCAUGAGCGACCUCUCCUCCUACAACGACACUUACAGCAACGCCACCUUCCUGGACUACGACGCCGCCCCGUGCCACAACCGCUUCUGUCCCCUCUUCCAGCGCGUAGCCCCUCCUUUCCUGGCCACCACCAGCGCCACGGCCACGCUGGCCACCGUCGCCUUGCUGGUGGCCCUGUCCGAGCGUCCCCAAGCGUGGCGGUGGCCGCAGAGCCGCGCCUUGGUGGCGCAGCUGGCGCUGGGCACGGCGCUGUUCGCGGCGCUGCUGCCGGCGCUGGCCGCGGGCGUGGCGUGGGGUUGGCACCUGGGCACGGGGUUGUGUCGCCUCACUCACCUCCUGUGGCACUGGAGCGUCUUCGCCCAGGCUCUGCUGGUGGCCAGCGGUUCCCGUGGCACGGUUUGGGCUCGCUGGGACCCCCGCAGCCGCCGGCUGGCCGUGGUGCUGUGGGCAGCGGCGCUGCUUUUGGCCACUCCGGCCGCUCUGGUCAGCGGCGUGGCGGCGGGCACGGCCUGCAUCCAGCGCAGCGUGGGCAUCCUGGCACCGGCGUACCUGCUGCACCUCGCCCUGUGCCUCUGCCUGCUGCUGCUGCUGCCCGCGGGGCUGCUGCUGGCCGCGCUGGCCGUGCCGAGCUUCAGGGCGAGCUGGGCGAGCGGAGCCGGGCUGGCCUGGCUCUUCCUGGGGCUCUGGGGGCCCUACGGAGCGGGGCUGGCGGCGGAGUUCCUGCUGCAGGCCGGGCUGCUGGAGCCCACCUGCGGCUCCUUCGAGCAUUUCGACCUGGCCCUGGGGCUGAGCGAGGGGCUGGGGGUGCUGCACUGCGGGCUCGGGCCGCUGGCGAUGCUGCUCGCCCGCCGCUGCCGCCGCGGUGCCGGGGCUGCCGGGGGAUGCUGA